AAUGAUUUUUUUUUGUGCGUCCACCUAUAAAUAUGAAGUUGAAAACCCUACCGCAGUCCUCACCUAGCAGAAACCCUAGUGUGCUCCGGUGAGAGACGAAGCCGUCGAGGCCACAUCGUCCGUUCCUUCUCUCGAGCGAAAGCACUGACAAGUAAUCAUGACUUUCAAGCGCAGGAAUGGUGGCCGCAACAAGCACGGCCGCGGUCACGUGAAGUUCAUCCGCUGCUCCAACUGCGGAAAGUGCUGCCCCAAGGAUAAGGCGAUCAAGAGGUUUCUUGUGAGGAACAUUGUGGAGCAAGCUGCGGUUAGAGAUGUCCAAGAAGCCUGUGUCUAUGACACCUAUACUCUCCCGAAGCUGUAUGCGAAGAUGCAGUACUGCGUCUCUUGCGCCAUUCACUCCCAUGUCGUCAGGGUUCGUUCCCGCACUGACAGGAGGAAGCGUGAGCCCCCGCAGCGCUUCAUGAGGCGUCGUGAUGAUGGUGGGAAGCCUGGUCAGCCUGGUCAGGGACCCCGUGUUGGUGGAGGUGCUCCUGCUCGUCCCUGAGAAAAGAACCCCCUGAAUAUCUCCCAACUUAGGAACGAGUCUUUAAUUUGAAUGCCUCUCUGCCUCUCUCUUCCGAAUAUUGCUAUCAAACUUGAGAUAUUCUGAGAAACCUUUCUUUUGCAUGUAAUGGUUAUUUCUUAUUUAUGAGGACGUGUCAUAAGUAAUAUCUUUGCCAAUCAGAUUUCUAUUUAUAUUUC